CUCCUCUCCAGCCUUGAGCUCCGCACCCACAGCCACCGGUGAACCCUCAUCCUCAUGGCCUGCCUGAGCCCCUCGCAGCUUCAGAAGUUCCGGGAGGAUGGAUUUCUGGUGCUGGAAAGAUUCCUGUCUGCGGACGAGUGUGUGGCCAUGCAACAGAGGAUUGGUGAGAUAGUGGCUGAGAUGGAUGUCCCUCCCCACUGCCGCACAGAAUUUUCCACCCAGGAAGAGGAGCAGCUGCGAGCCCAGGGCAGCACAGACUAUUUCCUGAGCAGUGGCGACAAGAUUCGAUUCUUCUUUGAGAAAGGCGUUUUUGACAAGAAAGGAAAUUUCCUGGUCCCUCCAGAGAAAUCCAUCAACAAAAUUGGCCAUGCUCUGCAUGCCCAUGACCCUGUCUUCAAGUGUAUCACACACUCCCCCAAGGUUCAGGCCUUGGCCAGAAGUCUGGGCCUCCAGAUGCCCGUGGUGGUACAGAGCAUGUACAUCUUCAAGCAACCUCGUUUGGGUGGCGAAGUCUCCCCUCACCAGGAUGCUUCCUUCCUGUACACGGAGCCCCUGGGCCGGGUGCUGGGCCUGUGGAUCGCGCUGGAGGACGCCACACUGGAGAACGGCUGCCUCUGGUUCAUCCCUGGCUCCCACACCAGUGGAGUGUCGAGAAGGAUGGUCCGGGCCCCUGCUGGCUCAGCGCCUGGCACCAGCUUCCUGGGGUCAGAGCCAGCCCGGGAUAACAGCCUCUUUGUGCCUACGCCAGUGCAGAGAGGGGCCCUUGUCCUGAUCCACGGAGAAGUGGUGCACAAGAGUGAGCAAAACCUCUCCGACCGCUCGCGCCAGGCCUACACUUUCCACCUCAUGGAGGCCACUGGCACCGUCUGGAGCCCAGAGAACUGGCUCCAGCCAACAGCCGAGCUGCCCUUUCCCCCACUGUACACCUAAAGGCUCUCGCAGGGCUGGGCAAUGUCCCCUCCCAGGUGAAGCUGUGGGCCACAGACACCACCAGUGCCUUGCCCAACCACCCAGGUGCAAGAGGAAAGUCUCAUCUCUCCUCCUGGGCUUUCCUUCUGCCAGUGUCUGUACUCUUCGGCCCUGCAGGCAGACAGGCGAGAGGUGGCAGCUGGGCAGCAGGAGCCCAGCUGGGUGCCUUUCCCAAGAUCUCUGUCUCUGUCUCCUCUCUGCCUCCCCCUAGAGGGUUGUGGUCACAGAAUGGUUCUGGCCACUUCUCUGCCAGCUUCUUACUCUUCUCUCCUCUCAGACAGAACUCUAUUACCGUGCAAGACAUUGAAUAAAAAUGACUUCUGAAUGCAGCUUCUUGAUCCUUCUUUCCCAAGCAGCCUUGUUCUCAAGAUGAGAGCUCUGCUGACAAUCAUCCCGGGUACCCCAGCCCUGCCUGAUGAGGUUUGUGUGAUUUCCCUAACAGUAAGUCACAUCUGGUGGGUGCAUACUCACUGUGCCAAGAGCUUCACAUGUUGUAUCUCAGAGGCCCCACACUGAUGGACCUUCAAGGUAGGUGCUCUUGCCAUCCGCAUUUGUAGAUAAAGAAGCUGACUCAUGGGGAGAAUAAGGG